AUUUUUAAAACAUAAAAUCAUAAAAUUCUUUGAUAUAAACUAUGUCUGAAAAUCUUAAUACAGAAGUACAAGAAAAACGAAAACGAAAAAGAAAUCAUUUAUCAUCUAUUCAAGCAAGAGAGUUGGAAAAAUUAAUGCGUAGACCAGAUCGAGAAAUUGAUAUAUCAGCACCACUUAAACCACCACUUCCACCACCUCCAGAUAUUGUAAAUAACGUUCAAGGAUCAAGUGCAGGCGCUAGUUCGGGCGAAUUUCAUAUAUAUAAAGUAUCUAGACGAAGAGAAUAUGAACGAAUAAAAAUGCAGGAAGAAGAAACAAAAUAUGAAAUAAAUGAACGUGAAUUUAAUAUGGCAAGAGAGGCCAUAACAAAAAAAGAUGAAGAAAAAACAGCUAAAAAUAGAGCACGACGACAAAAACGCAAGCAAAAUAAAAUAAAUAAGAUAAAAAAUAUAGCUGAAAAUAUGACAUUAAACUGCUAUAAAGACUAGAUACGGAAGAUCACACUCACAUAUAUAUAUAUAAUAUAUAUAUCU